CCUUAUUCUCCAAUCAAGAUGCGCCGUGCGUUCAUUCUCCUGGCCAGCGCUGGUGCUGUGUCCGCAUGGACUGAAAUGUACCAUAAGGCAUUCAUGAAUAAAAACAUCGACCCGAUCGUUGUUCCAGGCACUUACACUUCGCACAUGCACACCUUCUUUGGCAGCGAUGCCAUCACUAAGGAUAUGCCGACCUCUGCUGAUUUACAAAAGGGCUGCUACAGCGGAGACAAUCCCAACGAUCUUUCAGCCUACUGGAUUCCCACCCUCUACCAUGUUGACGGCGACAACUUCACCGAGGUGCCCGUCUUCCGCUUCAGCACCUACUACACCAACGCUUUCUCCGAGAUCGCCAUCCCGCAAGGUUUCUCCAUGAUCUCGGGCAACGCAUCCGCCCGGACCCAGGCGGAGGCCGAUAACGCUUACAACAAUCUUGAAUGGUUCUGCGAAGGGUCCAACGAACGGGAAUCAGAUAUCGCCAAUUUCCCGACCAGCACCUGUGAUCAGCAUCUCCAGGUUUCACUGCGCUUCCCCAACUGUGUCAACCCAGAUAACCUCGCUGAAUACGACUUCAGUGAUGACUCUAAUAAAUGUCCGGAUGGUAUGAAGCAGUUCCCCCAGCUUCGCUACGCCGCGCGCUAUGACACGAAGUCUGUUGCGCCUAAUGGCUGGAGUGGAGAUGCCCCCUUCCAACUUUCCUGUGGAGAUGCGCUGGGUAAUGGAUACUGCUUUCAUGGCGACUUUAUCAAUGGUUGGUUUGCAGACGCUGCGGAAAACAUGCUCAAUGCUGGCGGUGGCGGUUAUAAUGAUGGUCAGUUCAUUAGCGGCGAGCAUGGUUCUUCUGCUAUAGAGGAUGACUGUACGCCUACCGACCAAGACCCGGAUAAUGGAACUAGCGACUACUGGACUAGUGUUGAAAUGAAGGCAAAUGGUGGUGUGGCGGUGGCUGAUCCAGUGGAAUCUACUUCUGCUGUAGUAACGACGGCUGCCUCGACCUCGAGCCUCUCACAAAGGGGCGAUGUUCCAAGACCGUCCCUGACCACAAAAUACAUGUGGGGGAUUAACUGGAGAUAG